AUGACCUUCUUCCACACCAACCCCAGUAUCAUUUUUCUCUUUCUCAUUUCUCUCAUUCUCUCGUCCCACCUCUACAAUGUCUCUGCAGAUGACUCUGAAGUGGAGGAUGAAUCUCCAUUUGCUUACCUUGAAGACACUGGUAAAGGCCCAACGAAAUGGGGCAACAUAGAUCCACUUUGGAAAGCUUGUGGUAAUGGAAAAUUGCAAUCUCCCAUUGAUCUUCUGAACAGAAGGGUGCAGGUUUUUCCUAGCUUGGGGAAAUUAAAAGGGGAUUACAAACCAGCUCAGGCUGUUGUGAAGAACAGAGGACAUGACAUUUCGAUGGCUUGGAAAGGAGAUGCCGGACAUAUUAACAUAAAUGGGACUGACUACAAUCUGCAACAGUGUCAUUGGCAUUCACCAUCUGAGCACACGUUCAAUGGAUCAAGGUUUGACUUGGAGCUCCAUGUAGUUCAUCAAAACCCCAGUACUAACAAGAUAGCUGCUAUUGGAGUUGUUUACAAAUAUGGCCGCCCUGAUCCCUUGCUUGCAAACUUGUUCCACCACAUAAAGUCAGUUGGGAAAGAAGAGAUAGAUUUGGGGAUGAUGAACCCAAGAGCUAUUAAUUUUGAGAGCAAAGAGUAUUACAGAUACAUUGGUUCUCUUACAGUUCCUCCCUGCACUGAGGGUGUCACUUGGACAAUAGUCAAGAAGGUGAUGACAGUUUCAAGGGAACAAGUGGCAGCAUUAAGGGGAGCUGUUCACGAUGGAUUUGAGUCAAAUUCAAGGCCAACUCAGGAAUUGGGUGAAAGAGAAGUUCGCUUUUACACGGAAAAGAAGAAUGUAGGUUCUAAUUAG